UCGCAGAGGGACUGGCUCAUCGUAAGUCAGAGAUCCAGAGCGCCUUCGACAUGAUAUCUGGCGCCACCUGUAUACGCUUCAAGAAACACACCACAGAGAUGAACUACAUCAUGAUCAUGGCUGGGUUAGGUUGUGCGUCGUACAUAGGCUCUCAGGGAGGGCGCCAGCCGCUGUUCUUUGCACAGAAGUGCAGCGUGGGAAAUCUGUGCCAUGAGCUCAUCCACGCUCUGGGUCUACAUCACGAACACACCCGCAAGGACCGCAACGACUUCAUCGACAUACUGUGGCAGAACAUCGUACCAGGGAAAGAAAAAAACUUCAAGGUGAACGAAGGCGACACUCAGAAUCUGAUGUACGACAAAGACUCCAUCAUGCACUACGGCCAAUAUUACUUCAGUAAAAACGGCCUUCCCACACUGGAGUCAAAGAGCAGUGGAGGGAAGAUGGGUCAGAGGUCACACCUCAGCCAACUGGACCAGAUGAGACUGAACAAACUCUACAAAUGUGGUGAGAGGCAGUGAACGGGACUGAGGCGUCUCCUCUCUGUCUCCCCGUCCUCCCCCCUCUGUCUCCCC